GAAGUCGCGGAGGUAAGCAGCUGCAGAAGUUCAAGGAAAGAUGUCGGGCAGACGAGCUCUGAAGGCCGUGCUCAUUGACCUGAGUGGAACUCUGCACAUCGAGGACACAGCGGUUCCUGGGGCACAGGAAGCACUGAACAGGUUACGUCAGGCGUCUGUAGCUGUGAAGUUUGUGACCAACACCACUAAGGAGAGUAAGAGGCGCUUACUGGAACGAUUGCACCGCCUCAACUUCAACCUUCAGGAAAAGGAAAUCUUUACGUCUCUGAGUGCAGCGAGGAGUCUGCUGGAGCAGAAACAACACCGACCGCUGCUGCUGGUGGAGGACAGCGCACUGGAGGACUUCACUGGAAUCGACACGUCAGAACCAAAUGCUGUGGUCGUGGGACUCGCUCCUGAUCACUUCAACUACCAAACACUCAACAAGGCUUUCAGCAUGAUUCUGGAUGGAGCCCCACUCAUUGCCAUCCACAAGGCUCGGUACUACAAACAGAAGGAUGGUUUGGCCCUGGGCCCCGGGGCCUUUGUGACGGGACUGGAGUACGCAACAGACUGCAAAGCUACUGUGGUGGGAAAACCAGAGAAGACCUUUUUCACACAGGCUCUGCAUGAUUUAGGCUGUAGCCCCGGUGAAGCUGUCAUGAUAGGAGAUGAUGCAAGGGAUGAUGUUGGAGGGGCUCAGAACGCAGGCAUGCUGGGUAUUCUAGUCAGAACUGGUAAAUACAGAGACGGGGAUGAGAAUAAGAUCCAGCCUCCUCCCCACCUGACGUGUGACAGCUUCCCAGACGCUGUGGAACACAUCCUGAAGAACCUGCUCUGAGCUACAAGCAGCAGCAGAACUAUAAAGCUUCAUUUUAUUAUACGAACUUAGACUUGAACAGGAAACACUGGAGCCGUCUGCUAUGACUGUAGGAGGCUAGUGGUCUUUAACACUGGAGAGAAAGAAGCUAUCAUCAUCCUUAAGACCUGAAAGUAUUCUCCUCCUUCGUUCAGAGAAAAAUAAACAACAAUCAUAACUUUAA